AUGAAGGGUUUUGCAGUUCUUCUAAGCCUUGGCUUCGUCGUCGGAGUCAUUGCCGGGGAGCAGUGCCCCGGCAGCUGGUAUCUCGAGCCGGAUGACUGCAUCUGCAUGAAUAGCCGGGAGGGGUACUUGCUCAAGGACCAGACACUGGGAUGCUGUAGGUCGAUGGGUUAUAAGACGUAUGACAACGAAAGCGUUAUUGGCCAUUGUCGCUGA